AUGCUCACUUUACUCUCGGCCACGCUGCUCUGUGCGUUUGCUUUCUACUUCACUACCCGGCAAAGCGGUGUGAAAGGUCUGCCAGAAGUACAGGGUUGGCCUUUCGUGGGGAAUCUGCUGCAAUUGCGACGUGCACGAUCGUUCUCCAACAAACUGCAGAGCUGGUCGCGGAAGUAUGGUCCAAAUCUUUUGGUGAAACUUGGACGUAGGCCCGUAGUGGUGUGCAACACUUUCGACGGCAUCUGCGACUUUUGGAUCAAGAAUCAAACGAGCCUCAUCUCGCGGCCCGAGUUGCACACUUUCCAUAAAGUGGUGUGCAGUUCCGAAGCCUUCACCAUUGGCACCUCGCCGUGGGAUCAGUCGUGCAAAGCCCGUCGUAAGGCUGCAGCCACGGCACUGAAUACCAACGCCGUGCGAAGCUAUGUUCCCGCUAUCUCCCGAGAAAUCAACGAUGCACUCCGCGAGAUCUUGACCGACUCACGUCGCGGCGUCAAUGCGAUGGCGCCCAAGAUGUACAUGAAGAAGUUCGUGUUGAAUGUGUCGCUAACGUGCAGCUUCGGAACACGCAUCUCCACCGUGCGUGAUGAGUUGCUGAAGGAAAUAGUCGACGUUGAGGAAGCCUUGACGAGGUACCGCUCGCACACCAACAAUCUCCAGGACUACCUCCCAUUCCUCCGCUGGCUGCCUUCAGCUAGCAGUGAUGCCAAGGCCUACAGCGAGAGGCGCGAUGCUUACAUGAAUCGACUCAUCGGUCAGAUCAAGUCAGACAUCAAGGAAGGGACUGAUGCGCCUUGCUCUGUUGGUCAGGUUAUGAAGGACCCUGCUUUCUCGUUCAAUGAUGUGGAGAUGAUGUCGCUGAGCAUCACCUUGCUCUCCGCCGGCCUAGAUACCAUCCCGGCCAACCUCGUCCAAGCAAUCGCAGUCCUCUGCUCAAAGCAAGGCAGAAUGAUCCAACAAGAUCUCCACAGCGAGAUCAUGGCACACUACCCUACCCUGGAACAAGCCUGGCACGGUGUAGUCUCGGAGGAGAUAGUCCCAGGCCUCGCUAGUUUCGUCCAAGAAGUCCUGCGUUUCUUCAGCGUGGUUCCUAUGGGGUUCCCGAGGACCAACGUCGAGCCUGUGCAACUCGGAGACAUCCGCAUCCCACAGAACACAUGGUUCUACAUGAAUUCCAGGUCUGGCAACUUCGACCCAGCUGCUUACUCUCAGCCUGAAGAAUUCCAGUAUCGACGUUUCGCCGAGAACAAGGUGCCGCAGACUGGUCCCCCCAUGAGACAUUUCGGGUAUGGUGCAGGCACUCGUGCAUGUGUUGGCUUCCAUUUGGCGAAUCGUCUUAUGUACGGGUUCAUGGGUCGACUGAUUUUGGGCUGGGAGAUGCAGGCGCAGAGUGAGGUUGAUAUUGAUCCUGAGACCUACAACACUUGCCCUAGUUCGCUUGUUGCCGAGCCCAAGGACUUUUUGUGCUCUUUCCGAUUGAGGCAGGAGGCGGCAGAUGAGGUACAAACGCUGGUUCAGUGA